AUGUCGUGUACAGUGAAAUGUGUUAGCUGUAACAUUGUCAUUGAUGAGCUAUUAGCAUAUCUCAGAGCGAAGUUAUCCAGUGUCGAUGAAGAGACUCUGGUCAGAAUUUGUACAGCAACGUUCUCCAGCGAGGACAUUCAAAAGUCCCACCGUUUGCUGUUUGAAUCUGUGCCAUCAGAUGUGCGUAAAAUUAUUCGGAAAGGAAAAGGAAAAGAAGAUCGACUGGUUUAUGAUAUGUUGCACUUUUUAAAAGUGACCGAACCAGAUGCCUUGCCGAUCUUUGUAGCCCGGAACCUGGAGGAGUUACCGCCAAUAACCCUUGACCACUUGGAUGUCUCUAAGUUUUUAAAAGUCAUAGCAGUUUUACAAGCGGAUAUUAAGCAAAUACAGACUUCGUAUGUGACCGUUGAGCAGCUUGAAUGCGUGAAAAAAGAUUGUCUUAGCUACAAAACUGUAUCGCCGCCUUUCUCAGCUGCUAAAGUAAACAUGAAGAGAGGUGCAUAUCGUGACAGUGGACCGGAAGGUUUGUCUCUUUUUGAUGAACCGUGUGUUAUCAAUGACAAUAAUAAUCGCAGCUGCUCAAAUGAUUAUUGUUUGCAUUAUAGAAGCAUCAAUAAAGAUCAAUCAGACGGUAGGAGCCGUGUAUCGCUUGAUACAAAAUUAACAACGCCUUCAAAACCGUUAUCUGAGCGCGCUCCGACCGAUGAGGCGAACGAUGAUUCACACUCGCAGCGUAGUAUUAUCGACCUACCUCAGCUGACAACCGAUCCGCUGACUGGCGGCGGGGCGGCGUGUUGCCAACUACUAAUGAGACAUACGCUCAGGCAUCAAUGA